UGAGGAGGGGUGAGACAGCAAGCGCUCCCGCACUCAUUUGCUGAUGCACAGAGAGGGAGCCCAGGCACAGAAGCAGCCCAGCACAUCGCCCACACACAGAGUGUUCCUGAGGCCUGCCAUACUCAUGACAGGUGACAGGGGUCCCCAAAGGCUGAGCAAGCCCAGCUAUGGCUCCAUCUCCAGCCCAUCCAGCCCAGGGCCGCAGCAAGUGCCUCCCAGACAGACCUACCUGAGUGAGAAGAUCUCCAUUCCAGAUGCAGAACCGGGCACGUUCAGCCUGCGGAAGCUAUGGGCCUUCACAGGGCCUGGCUUUCUCAUGAGCAUCGCUUUCCUGGACCCAGGAAACAUCGAGUCGGAUCUGCAGGCUGGUGCCGUGGCUGGAUUCAAACUGCUCUGGGUACUGAUGUGGGCCACGGUGUUGGGCUUGCUCUGCCAGCGACUGGCAGCCCGGCUGGGCGUGGUGACAGGCAAGGACUUGGGCGAGAUCUGCCACCUCUACUACCCUAAGGUGCCCCGCAUCCUCCUCUGGCUGACCAUUGAGCUAGCCAUUGUGGGCUCGGACAUGCAGGAGGUCAUCGGCACAGCUAUUGCAUUCAGUCUGCUCUCAGCUGGACGAAUUCCACUCUGGGGUGGCGUCCUUAUCACCAUCGUGGACACCUUCUUUUUCCUUUUCCUCGAUAACUACGGGUUGAGGAAGCUGGAAGCCUUUUUUGGAUUCCUCAUUACCAUUAUGGCCUUGACCUUCGGCUAUGAGUAUGUGGUGGCACGUCCUGAUCAGGGAGCGCUUCUUCGGGACCUGUUCCUGCCCUCGUGUCCGGGCUGCGGCCAGACGGAGCUGCUGCAGGCCGUGGGCAUCGUGGGCGCCAUCAUCAUGCCCCACAACAUCUACCUGCACUCCGCCCUGGUUAAGUCUCGAGAGAUUGACCGCACCCGCCGGGCAGACAUCCGAGAAGCCAACAUGUACUUUCUAAUCGAGGCCACCAUUGCGCUGUUUGUCUCCUUCUUAAUCAACCUCUUCGUUGUGGCCGUCUUUGGGCAGGCCUUCUACCACCAAACCAACCAGGCUGCGUUCAACGUCUGUGCCAACAGCAGCCUCCACGACUACGCCAAGAUCUUCCCCCAGAACAACCUUACCGUGGCGGUGGACAUCUACCAAGGGGGCGUGAUCCUGGGUUGCCUCUUCGGCCCCGCAGCCCUCUACAUCUGGGCCGUGGGUCUGCUGGCUGCAGGGCAGAGCUCCACCAUGACGGGCACCUACGCGGGACAGUUCGUGAUGGAGGGCUUCCUGAGGCUGCGGUGGUCUCGCUUUGCCCGCGUCCUCCUCACCCGCUCCUGCGCCAUCCUGCCCACCGUGCUAGUGGCCGUCUUCAGGGAUCUGAGGGAUCUGUCAGGCCUCAACGACCUGCUCAACGUGCUGCAGAGCCUGCUGCUUCCCUUUGCUGUGCUGCCCAUCCUCACGUUCACCAGCAUGCCUGCCUGCAUGCACGAGUUUGCCAAUGGCUGGCUGAGCAAGGUCAUCACUUCCUCCAUCAUGGCGCUAAUCUGUGCCAUCAAUCUCUACUUCGUGGUCAGCUACCUGCCCAGUCUCCCCCACCCUGCCUACUUUGGUCUUGUAGUCCUGCUGGCCGCAGUCUACCUGGGACUUACCAUCUACCUGGUCUGGACCUGUUGCAUUGCCCACGGAGCCACCUUCCUGGCUCACAGCUCCCACCAACACUUCCUGUAUGGGCUCCCUGAUGAGGAGCAGGAGAAGGGAGGGACAGCUGGAUGAGCCCCCACAUGGGGGCAGACAUCUGGCCUGCUGAAUAGGGCAGCAGGGGCACGGAGCCAGCAAGAUGGAGCGGAGAAUUUUGGAGACAGGGUUCCAUAAAGGGACCUGCUGCUUCAUAGCCCAGACAAGUGAUUAACUCUGGGUCUCACUGUCCUCAUCUGUAAAAUGGGAACAACAACCACCUUGCAAUGGAUGUAAAGCACUUUACCACAGCGCCUGGCACUUGGGGUUUUAAAAAAAAAAUCAUUCAAAAAUAUUUAUUGAGUACCUAUAGUAGUGAUCCCGACAAACUGACCCAGCUUUAAAACUGACACUUAAAAUAGUCUGAUGAAUGCUAAACAAAUGUUAGUUGACUUCUCAUCCAAAAGAGCAGAGGAAUGGAAGCCAGGGAGGGGGCACGCAAUCCCCCUCCCCCUACUCCGUCUGGCUUGCUUCUACCUUCUGCUGGGUGGCCUCAGCCUUAGUGUCCUGCCUGCAAACCAUUUUCCAGGUAGUGAAGUGGAGGCGCGGUUCUCCCCUCUACAAGCACCAGGUCAUAAAGAACCCAAGAGUCCGUGCCUCUGAGGCCCAAUUCAUUAGCCAUUUCCCCAGGGGACUGGGUGGCCAGGACUCCCACGCGGCGCUGUUAAGGCUCCCUGGGCGCUGACUCCCAGCUCCCCCUAGGGGCAGGGACAGUCCUGAGCGCAGGCACUCCCAGCUUUGGCCACACCCCUCCCGGCCUGGUGGGCCGGGCGGGUUUAAGCGCCCUGGGGUGCAGGAAUUCGCCCCAGAGCACAGGUAGGGGGAAGCUGUGUGGGCGGGCAAGCCACUCUGCCCCUGGGAGGAAGCGGAUGCCCUUUCGCCCUGAGCAGGGGCUGCUCUUUACAGACGCUCCCUGGGCCGUUUCUAGGCUCCCCUAGAUCCCUCCUCCUGUCUUCUCCAGUCCGUUGAAUCCUAGCCCCAGAGCUGCUGAGAGCCGCGGCUACGAGGGGCCCAAGGCCCCUUCCCCCGUGUUGAGCCUGGGGCAGGCGUUGGUCCGGAAGCACCGUCCGAAUUCUCGGGGGUAUGGCCGGGCGGGUGGCACGAUUCUGCGCUCAGGUUGGGGCGCUUGUUUAUGAGAGGAAUUGCCUCUUUCUUAAAAGGGCGACGGUGCCAGUGGGGCCCGCAUGAAGGGAAGGGAUAGGACUGGUUUGUUUUCACCCAGGGCAGCAGCGGUAGAGGGUGCCUGGGCUGCUGGGCAGAAGGGUCGCCCACCCUCGUUCUCUG